AUGACAAUGGGUGAUGAACUACCUGUUACUUCUUUAGUUUUACCCGUCCUCAUACGUCCCGUUUUAACACAGCUGGAGAAGUAUGAUUUGGGUGCAUCUCAAACACUUCGUGCUGCUCUUACAAAGGCAGAGGCAGCAGUGCCUGGCCUCAACUAUGACCUGGUGGCAGGGAUCAUGAGGAGAGCUGAUAUACCUGUGAACAUGAAUGAGAGUUUGCUACGGCUUCAAGGAACCUUGACUGAAGCUGAAUGUGCAGACUUGAGAUUGAACAGGACUGAGGAAGCAUUCCAAGAACUGAAUAAGAAGUCUACAGCCUUGAAGAAAAUCCUGAGCCGAAUCCCUGAUGAGAUUACUGACCGCAAGACUUUUUUGGAGACAAUCAAAGAAAUUGCUUCGGCAAUUAAGAAAUUACUUGAUGCUGUAAAUGAAGUAUCCACAUAUACACCGGGCACUGGCAAACAGGUUCUAGAGCAGAGAAAGAGAGAGUUUGUGAAGUAUUCCAAGAGGUUCUCCAACACUCUGAAGGAAUACUUCAAGGAGGGACAGGCUAAUGCAGUUUUUGUCAGUGCUUUAUACCUGAUACACCAGACCAAUCAAAUCUUGUACACUGUUAAAAGUAAGUCUGAGUAA